AUGAAGCCCUGGGUUCUUCUACUCAUCGUGUGCGUCUGUGGGGUGGUGAUGCUUCUGCCUGUGCUGGGAGGUGUCAGGAACAAACUUUUCUUUCCAGAUAGAGUCAGAGAAAUUGAGCAGUGCUGGGUGCAGCCUCCGAUUAAGUACUGCGCGAAAAGGUGCACAAAGGUACGCGGAUGUACAAAACAAAAUUAUACAUGCUGCUGGACCUUCUGCGGAAACAUCUGCUUGGAAAAUGAGUGA